CCUUGUGAGGCUGAGCUUCAGGAAUUAAUGGAACAAAUUGACAUCAUGGUAAGCAACAAGAAAUUGGAUUGGGAAAGAAAGAUGAGGGCUUUGGAGACACGAUUAGAUCUUCGGGAUCAAGAGUUGGCAAAUGCACAAACUUGUUUGGAUCAGAAAGGUCAAGAGGUGGGAUUACUUCGACAGAAGUUGGACAGUCUGGAAAAAUGUAAUUUAGCAAUGACUCAGAAUUAUGAAGGACAACUACAAACCCUAAAAGCUCAAUUUUCCAAACUAACAAAUAGCUUUGAGAAACUGAGAUUACAUCAGAUGAAACAAAACAAAGUUCACCGAAAAGAAAUACCUCAUAAAGAAGAAGUGCCCUUUGAACUGAGCAAUUUAAACCAAAAAUUAGAGGAAUUCAGAGCAAAGUCAAGAGAAUGGGACAAACAAGAGAUAUUGUAUCAGACUCAUCUGGUUUCUUUAGAUGCUCAACAAAAAUUAUUAUCUGAGAAGUGUAAUCAAUUUCAGAAACAGGCACAAAAUUAUCAAACUCAACUAAAUGGUAAAAAACAGAGCAUAGAAGGCAGCAGCUCUGAAAUUCCUAACUUGUUAUGUGAAUCAGAUACCAGUUGUGAAACCACUGAAAGAGAUGAAUUCAUUAUUGAAAAAUUAAAAUCAGCUGUGAGUGAAAUAGCAUUAAGCAGGAAUAAAUUACAAGAUGAAAAUCAGAAGCUCUUACAAGAACUGAAAAUGUACCAAAGACAGUGCCAGGCCAUGGAAGCAGGACUCUCAGAAGUGAAAAAUGAGUUACAGUCACGUGAUGAUCUCUUGAGGAUUAUAGAAAUGGAACGAUUGCAGUUACACAGAGAAUUAUUAAAAAUAGGAGAAUGCCAAAAUGCUCAAGAAAAUAAAAAAAGACUUGAACCAUCUUAUUCACCUUCUACUAAAGAACCAGAAAGGAAAAGGAAAGAGAUAUUUCCAGUGGUCCCAGACCAAUCAAAUCGUGAAAAAGAAUUAACUAAGAUAAGAAGCCAGCUCUAUCCAGAGGAAGAGUUCCACAGCUCUGAGCAGGAAAGAAUGAGGAAUGAAAUCUCUGACUUAACAGAGGAGCUUCAUCAGAAGGAGAUCACUAUAGCAACUGUCAUGAAGAAAGCUGCCCUUUUGGAAAGACAGCUAAAGAUGGAGUUAGAAAUAAAAGAAAAAAUGUUAGCAAAGCAACAGGUCUCAGAUAUGAGAUAUAAAGCUAUCAGAACAGAAAACACACAUCUAAAAGGAAUGAUGGGAGAUUUAGACCCUGGGCAAUAUAUGAGUGUGGACUUCACUAACAGGGAAUAUUCAAGGCAUACAUCCAUUAACAAACUGGAAUAUGAGAAUGAAAGGCUUCGAAGUGAUCUUGCAAAACUUCAAAUCAAUGGAAAAUCAGCAUGGUCUAAUCAAAAUACCUAUGAAGAAACAGGAAGAUACUCCUAUCAAAACCAAAUAAAAAUGGAAAAAAAUGAAGAUAGACUUAGCCAAGAUCAUGAACCAAAUAGAAGUACCACGCCUCCAAUGCCACCUUUGACAUUUCGAACCAAAGAAAUGGCAAGUCCUUUGGUUAGUGAUGAUGAAGUAUUCCCACUGUCUCCCCCAGAUAUCUCCUUCCCUGCUUCUUUGGCUGCACAGCAUUUCCUUAUGGAAGAAGAGAAGCGAGCAAAAGAACUUGAAAAGCUUCUAAAUACACAUAUUGAUGAACUGCAAAGACAUACAGAAUUUACUCUUAAUAAAUACACCAAACUAAAACAAAAUAGACAUAUAUGAGCUUUUAAACUUUUUUAUUUGCUCCCCAACCCCAAGAAAAAAAGCUCUGGCAAAAUAUUUACAAAGCUGAGUAUUGGAGCUAAGAAAUUUUGUUCUAUUUUCUUGAGUAAAUAAUUUCUGUAAGGCAGCUAGAAAAUAGCAUUUUGUUUGAUAAAGCUGUUUGUA